AUGGUUGGAAUACGUUUAUUUUCAAGCACUGCAAAGGUUUUAUCCCAUAUUGGAUCUGCUCCAAUCACAGUAAAUUCAGACACUCAAAUUCUUUUAUCAACUAUUAAAAAUCCUAGAAUUGUUAGAAAAGGCCCAACCUCUAUGAUCUUAAGUAACAAUGUUGAUAUCAAAGGUCCAAAGGGGACUUUAUCGCUUCCGAUUCCAGAUUUUGUAACUGUUAAAGAGAAGGAUCCAAAACAAUGGAUUGUUACCGUACAAAAUCCAACUAUUAAGAUACAAAAAGCAAUGUGGGGUACAGUAAGGGCAUUACUGAAUAACAAUGUUAUUGGUGUAAAUAACGGCCAUACUGCAACCUUAAAAUUUGUAGGUACUGGUUAUAGAGCUCAAAUAGAUGAGGAAAAAAAUCGCUUAUGUUGUAAAGUCGGUAAAUGUGUUAUGCAAUCCUUACCCAUACCUAAAGGCAUCACAGUGACUGUGAAACAACCAACUUUAGUGUUGAUUGAAGGUAUUGAUAAACAACAGGUGAAAUUAUUUGCUGCAAAAAUUAGAAUGUUUCAUCCCCCCGAACCUUACAAGGGGAAAGGCAUUUACGUUGAUGAUGAGACUAUCAAGUUAAAGGCUAAAAAAAUUAAAUAG